AUGGCCACUUCGCAACCAGAAUUUCCCUGCUCAUUAGUAAUUGAUGUCCCCCUCCUUAACCAUCGCCUCGCAUCUUCCGCCUUGCACGCCCUCCAGGUCGACGCCGAGUUGUCUCCUCUCGUGCGCCGAAAGUUCUCCUUGGUAGCCUCAGACUCGUCGGGCGCUCAAUCAACGAAUGGUGGUGACAGUGAGAGUGGACUGGAAGACGAGCGGAAUACCAUCCUACGUACAGAGUACUCUGCAACGACGAACCGAAUGCUUCGAGUGGCUGUCAAUGGCUUCAUGGAGUCUUUGGGGGUUGUCCUGCAAGUCAUGGAAGAACUCGAUGUAGAUGUGCUAGAGCCACCGUCAUGA